CGGGGGAGUUUUCCAAGCGCCGGAAACUUGCCCGAAAGUUCCGAGAAGCAGCCCCCCCCCCCUCACCCGCACAGCGACCCGCCCGUUUGCCAGCAGCAGAAGCGGCUCUUUUUACGAGUUCGACGUCGCGCGGAGUUGAGUGAGGGAGAGGGCCAUGUCCGGCGCCUCCAACGUCGCCGCUAUGAAGAAAGUGGUGCAACAGCUGCGGCUCGAGGCUAGCGUGAGCCGCGUGAAGGUUUCGCAAGCUGCAGCUGAUCUGAAGCAGUUUUGCCUUCAAAAUGCACAUCACGAUCCUUUAUUAACAGGAGUUUCAUCAAGUACAAAUCCAUUCAGACCACAGAAAGUCUGUUCUUUUCUCUGAUUUGAUCUAACAACUUUUCCUAGCUGAUUAUGUUGAAUAUGGAAAUGAAACAAGAUGGCUUGGAGCCUGUACAGAAACUUUGUAUUAAUGUGCCAACUUUGAGCUUGUAAGAUUGCUAUUGUUUCAACCCCCCCUUAAAAUCUACCUCUCUAACAAGCUGUAUGCUAGUUGCUAUACUUUGUAUCAUGAGGGAAUCAAUUUUGUACUCAAGCAAUAGAGUUGACAUGAUUUUGAAUGUUAGCGUAUUUGAACUUGUCCUAAUACUUUGAACUGUGUAUCCAAAGCGUCACUAUUCUAAAAAUACUGUAAAAGUUAGUGCAUUUUGUAAAAAUAUUCCUGCUUUACAAAACAAAAUAACAUCUUUAUCUAAACAAAUUAACGGUUUACAAUCAGUAUAGAUUUUGUUCUUUCUACUUCAGUUGUUAUAUAGUCAUAACUAAUUUGGAGUAAAUUGUAUUUGCCUCUAGAAGCAUCCUAAAUUGUGAAUAUCCUAUAAAACUAAAAAUAAAUAAAUGCCUUGUUAUACAUUAUUUACCAAUCUAA